AUGGGCCUUCGUGAAGAAGGCAAAAGAAAAAAGAAGAAGAAGCAGAACGAAGCUAAAAAUCUCAUCAACUGGGGAGCAGAAGUAAUUGUCAGCACAGUACCAUGGCCGGAGGUGGACACGGUGGCAGUGCUCGGCAGUCAGGCCAAAAUUCCGGUGCUUUCGCUCGCCGCGAACCCUCCACUGGCCUUGGCACGCAGACCCUUCUUGGUCCGCCUGUCAUACCCGGAUUCGGGUCAAGUCCAGUGCCUCGCGGACCUCGUGAAAUCCUACAACUGGAGGAGGGUUAUUGUGCUCUACGAAGACGACGCAUACGGUGGCAUCUCCGCAACCAUCGCUCUUUUUUCCAACUACCUACAAGACGUCGGAUCCGAGAUAGCCUACAGCGUCGCCUUCCCACCAAUGGACUCGCUCCCCGACCCAAAGGCCGCAGUGCGUCAAGAGUUGGAUAGGGCGCGGAGACAGCUGCCCAAGGUGUACAUCAUCGUCCAUGCAUCGUCGUUAUUGACGGUCCAUCUGUUCCCGGAGGCGAAGAAAUUGGGCAUGACGGCGCAGGGCCACGUGUGGAUCACCAACGAUGAUAUCACCACCCUCUUUGACUCGGUCCUCACGCCGUCUUUCCUCUCUUCUUACAUGCAGGGCGUCGUAGGUAUCAAGAUCUAUGUCAACAAGACCACAGACUCCUACCGCGACUUCCACACCAAAUUCCGGCAGAGAUACGAAAUCAGUUACGGAAAGGAAGGGGACAAGUACGCGGACCCGGGAGUCUCUGCGCUGCGAGCUUAUGAUGCGCUGCAUGUAAUCGCAUGUGGGGCAUCUGAGGCCGUGAAGCAGCGCAAGACGCUGUUAGAAGGGAUUCUCUCGUGUAAAUUUAUUGGGCUGAGCGGGCCGAUUAGUUUCAGAAGAGAUGGAAGUCUGGCAGAGGGGAAGGGCUUCCCGGCUUUUGAGGUGGUCAAUAUUGUGGGGAAGGGCUACAAAGAACUUGGUUUCUGGCUCAAGGGAUCGGGAUUCUUUAGCGGGGAGGGAGAGAUGGGCCUUGGUAGGCCUGUUGUGGAUGUCCUGGGUCCGGUCUACUGGCCUGGAGGCCCAUGGAGAGUCCCGGGAGGGUGGGGUCGUUUGAGGGUUGGGGUUCCGGCCCGGACGUCCUUCGACCAGUUCGUGAAGGUAGAGCACGACGAAACAGGGAAGGUGAGGGCAGUGAAGGGAUUCUGCAUCGAUGUUUUCAAAGAGACCCUCCAGCGCUUGAAGUACGACCUGGAAUACGAGUUCAUCCCCUUUGAUGGAACCUACGAUGAGCUCAUAUCCCUAGUCACCUUGAAGGAACUUGAUGCUGUGGUGGGAGACGUCACUAUACUAGCUGAGCGUUCAGCGUACGUCACGUUCACUGAGCCAUUUCUAGGGUCCGGUUUAUCCAUGUUGAUUCGUGUGAACCCAUAUCACAAAACAUUGAUGCUGGCCAAGCCAUUCUCCAAGGCAGUAUGGGUCCUGACCUUCACCAUAUUAAUCUACACAGGGAUCAUAAUCUGCUAUACUGCCACCCUUAGUUCUAUCAUGACUAACCAAAAGGUUGAACUGAUGGUGGAUCACAGGAGGGUUGGGUGUGAUGGUGACUCGUUUGUUGUGAAGUACCUACAAGAUGUGCUAGGCUAUAAACAAGAAAUGAUUGAGAAGCUUGGAGCGGCAGAAAACUAUCCCAAAGCUUUUGAGAGUGGAAACAUCACCGCUGCUUACCUCGAGACUCCAUAUCUACGGUUAUUUCUUUCACGGCACGAUGGUUAUGCUGUCUAUGGAGAGACCCACAGGCUUGGAGGCUUCGGUUUUGUAUUCCAGAAAGGUUCGCCAAUAGCUGCAGAUAUAUCUCGAGCCAUUUUGGAGCUAGCCGAGGACGGGAUACUGAAGCAACUGGAAAACAAGUGGUUCUUCUUCUCUUUGUCCAACUGUCCAAGCCCAGAUAAUAACGAUAGUCAAGCAGACAGCCUAAGUCUUGAUCACUUUUGGGAGCUCUUCCUCUUUACUGGUGGCACUUCAACCACUGUUUUUCUAUUGUGUGUUGCUCGUUUGCUCCGAAGAAAACUUAACGCCCACCAACAAGCAGAUGCGUCGCCAAGAGAGAGGUUCGGAAGAGUAUGGAGGUUUCUAAUGUCUAAGAUCAGAAAACUGUGGAGAUCUAUGAUGUUCUGGGUGAAGAAUGAGGCUCAACUCUCCAGUUUACCAAUCACAUCAGCUCAAGAAGAAUAUGGAAGUGGAACAAUUAACAAUGUCGAAUCAGAAUCUCUUGACAAUGAUCUCAUGGAUGCAGAGCCUCCUCACCAUGGAUAG